UUGCGUUCUACCUUCAUCACAUAUGCCUUGAAAGACGAGUGGCGCUCUUCUUCACAAUUCACAGGACAGAGAUGGUCCUCACAUAUGGAUGUCAGUUAUCGGAUCCUGGCAAGGGAGAGAAACCGAGAGGAACAGAAACUUCGGAAACAGGUGGAAGAGGCGGAGAGAAGGAUAGAGGUGCACCCGAUUUCUGAAAUGGUAUGGGCGGCGGAGAGGGAGAAGCGGAUGGCGGAGCGGAAAAAGCUGCAGAUGGAAAAGCAUCUGAGAUGGGAGGAGACCUUGAAAGUAAAAGGGAUAAUUGUACAUGAUAGAAUGACAACAGAAACGUUCCGGAAACUGCUUCCAAGCUCAGCUUUCCAUCAAGUGGUUCAAUUAGACCACCCCUUCGAUCAGUCGGCCCCACAGCCUUCAUUACAAAAGGACAUGCUGAAUUAUGUCCGACUUUAUUUUGCAGAUAUCCUUACCUCCAGGCGCACAUUGGGUUCUACCUCCACAGACUUAUCACAAGUGUCGGACAUAUGGGAAGAAAUGACGAUGGCGCUGUCGACAGCAAAGCAGUUAUCGCUGGACCGGCCUAUCACGAAAGAGGAACUGAAACAGACUUUGAAGGUAAUGGCGACAGGGAAGUGCCCAGGGAGGGACGGUUUGACAUUAGAGUUUUUUUGGGCAUGCUGGGAGGCUUUGGGGCCAACUCUAGUGAAAGUGUAUAAUGAGGUGCUAUUAGAGGGCAAGUUGGGAGGUUGGGUGACACAUGGAGUGAUCUCAGUCUUGUUCAAGAAGGGUGACAAGUCGAAUAUUAGAAACUACAGACCAAUCUCGAUUCUGAACGUGAGUUACAAGCUGUUAGCCAAGACUCUGGCGGUGAAGUUUGGGAAGAUACUCCCGAAGCUGGUGGAAAAGGACCAGGGGGCUUUUGUUCAGGGGCGGUCAAUUUCCAUCAAUAUCUUGACAGCGAUUGAGAGCAUUGAAAUUAUCCAGGCGGAACAUGUGGAUUUGGCGGUCUUACUCCUUGAUAUGGAGAAGGCCUAUGAUAAGGCGAUGGCAGAGAAGUGUGGCAAGUUUAGGGUCCGGGAGAGCACGAAAGUUCAGACUUGGAGGGUGGUGGAGGAUAAAGGAACAUACUCUACCUUGGUAAGGGGGGAGGAAAAAAUGGACUCGACUCUUGAGGACCUAAAAGAGGUGAGAGUGUUGCAGGAGCAGGCUCAACCACGAGGAGGUGCUAAAGCCCAACUAUUGCAUCUGGAGUUGAAGGACCUGUUGGUGGAGCCGAUGUUAUAUGGAUGGAAAGACAAGACUGGCUCAACAAUGUCGAUCAAUAGGUAUAAGCUGAAGAUAGGCGUGUUGUAUCUACAAGCUCGGGUGAAGAAACAACCAAUUGUGAGAGUCUCGGAGAAGCUGAGUAGGUUCCCCAUGGAGGAUCUAGGUAACCUGGACCUGUUCAAGUUCUGGGCGGCACUGAGGAAUCUCACAAAAGCAAACCAGCAUAAUGUCGACGCAAUCAAUGCUCCUUACCCCAACUGCAUCCUGACUGAAGUCCAGAAAGAUGAAUAUCGCAGAAGUCUGCAACUGGUGCAACUGGAGUUGGAAGACAAAUGUUUAUCUGUGGCUGGAAUGUCCUCUGGCCAGGCAGAUUUGGGCCUGGUGUAGAUUCCACUGGUCCAAGAUUGUUGGAGACGUUUUUCCCUGGACGGAUAACUGGAUAUUGUUGGGACUACACCCACCUGAUACCCACCUUGUAGAGGUGUGGGGAUAUGUGGCACUUGUCUGCAGGGGAGCAAUAUGAUCUGGUCGGCCCGCAACAACCAAGUCUUUCGAAGGGAACCAGCUCCAAGGGAGCAAUAGAAGCAUCAAGUACUGACUCAUAUCAAAACUGCUAUAAGAGGAGACUGGACAAAUAGAGCUGAUAAGUUGUGGUUUAUGAAGACCUGUGCUAACGGGAAAAAACUAGCAGAUAUCUCACCAGAACAAAAACUGGUUAUUGCC